GUCAACAGUAACGCGCAUUAAAAGCAGACUGUUUACUGUAUAAUAAUUAAGAUAUUAAACGUAUUGUUGUCUUUACACGUUUAUUCUCCGAAUCUGUAAUUAUAAAAUCCUUGCAAAAAAGUGCAAUUUAACGAGUUCGGGUUGGUUGAAAGUCAAGAGUUGUUUACAUGGAGACGUGGGUGAGAUUCAGCGCUCAGAGUCAAGCGAAAGAUCGAGUGUUCAGGGCUGCACAAUAUGCCUGCACACUGUUAGGAUACACACUGCAGAAAGGAGGAGCUGCAGCUCACCUAUUAACAGCCAUCAAGCAGCUGGAAGCUCAUCUGAGCCUCAGCAGGAAAUUGAUGCGGUUAGGAAACUCAGCCGAGUCUCUGGAAGCAGCCAAGCGAGCCAUUCAUCUCUCUGACUGCGUGCUGCGGCUCUGCAUCACCGUUUCCCACUUAAACAAAGCCAUGUACUUCGCCUGCGACAACCUGCUGUGGGCCGGAAAGACGGGGCUGCUGCCUCGACUCGAUCAGAACAAGUGGAGUCAGAGGUCAUUCAGGUAUUACUUGUUUGCGCUCAUCUUAAACCUGACACGUGACCUGUAUGAGAUCCAUGGGUUGAUGGAGCGCGAGCGGCGCAGCACUUCAUCCAAAGCUCAUCUCUCGGGCACCUUAGAGAACGGUGAAUUCCCCUCCGUCCCGUCCUCCUGCACGUCUGUAUGUAAGGCAAGGCUUCAGCAGCAGUUGUGUCUGUUGGUCGCCGUCCUCCGCAGCAACCCUCCGCUCCUGCUGGACACGCUCAAGAACCUGUGUGAUGUCUUCAUCCCGCUGGACAAACUGGGCCUCUAUCAAACCGGCUCGGGGUUCGUAGGGGCGUGCGGUCUCACUUCGUCCGUUCUGUCCAUCCUCACCCUGCUUUAUCCCUGGCUCAAACUCAAACCCUAAACCAGCUUGUAACGUCACGUCGUAAUCCACCGUCAAGUAUAAACUCAGCAGCUCUUGGAAAUCAACAGACUGGCCAAUCACGUCACAGUGUGCUGAUGAGUAACAACUAACUGUAAGGGGAGAUGGAGAACAAAAUGAGAUAUGUGUGUGUGUGUGUGUGUGUGUGUGUGCUAUACUCUGACUUAAGCAUGUACUGAAACUGAUAGAAUUACAAUAAUUACAAGGAUAACACUUAUAAAACGCGUUCACGUCUUUACACGCCACAUAAAUCCCAAACGACGGUGUGUGGAAAAACACAAGCAUUCCGCUUUAUUGUCAUUAAGUACCACACCACCGUUGAGUUCUCAAUCCUGAUUGGUCAGAAGGCUGUGGUUAAUUUUCUCUAACAGUUCUAAUGCGUUAACGUUACUAUAGUAACAGCGUACACAGGGACUAUUCAAGGUGAACCGAUCCGAUGUAAAUCUAAGUUUUCCGCCACAGGAAUGCUUUUAGGUAAAGGUGUGUGUGUGUGUGUGUGUGUGUGUGUGUGUGUGUGUGUGUGUGUGUGUGUGUGUGUGUGUGUGUGUGUGUGUGUGGAUAGUAAGAGGAACUCCGCUGCUGCAUCGUUGAUUUCUUUUCUUAGAACACAAUACUACAUGGACCGCUUAGUAAAUAGAGCUUUUUAAAUGUCAUAUUUUUGUUCACUUCUGAGACGACUGUUAGUGUGAAAAUAAAAGAUAUCAAAUAAAAUAAAUCAUAAUUACUGUAAACCAGGAUAAAAGGUUGUGGUAGGGAUGUGGUAGCCUAGUGGUUAAGGUGUUGGGCUACCAAUCGGAAGGUUGUGAGUUCGUUUCCGAUGUCCACCAAGCUGCCACUGCUGGGCCCCUGAGCAAGGCCCUUAACCCUCAAUUGCUCAGUUGCAUGAAAAUGAGAUCAAAUGUAAGUCGCUCUGGAUAUUAGGUCGUCUGCUAAAAUGCUGUAAAUGUGAAAUGAAUGGAAUAUGAGUAUGUGUCUAUUAUUUAUAUUUCAUGUCUGUGUUUCUCCUUUUUUCUGCUCUUGUCCCCUAACAUCUGAGACUGGGAUGUCUCACUGAGACUGUCCUUUAACCCUGUUUGUGAACCUUUACUGUGUGCGACAGGUUACUGAUUCAUUUAUCUGAACCGACUCCUGAAUCGUUUUCAGUUCAAUUGCGAAGGAGUGCGGCAUUCGGACAUAUUGUUCUGAUUAAAGCUUUUAUUUUGUAUAAAGUCUGACGUCGAUGCAGCAGAUCUAACCUUGUGUAAUGAAAUGUUUUGAGUUUCAGCUAAUCUUCAGCUACUGGUGAAAUUAUUGGCUUAUGUUAAUAGUGUUUUUAAUCCGGAGUGAAUAACAAAAUAAAGACAUAUUAUUAAAGUUA